AUGGCCGCGCCGCAGCCUCUGUGCAAAGUCGUGCUGGCCAACAACAUCGCCAAGAACUUGCUGCAGGAGGUCGCGGCGGGUAUCAAGGCUCUGGAACGACCGCCUCAGUUGCAUGGAUUUCUGGCGAAUCGAGAUCCCGCGGGUCGCAUGUAUGCAGACUGGACGGCGAAGACUUGCAAGGACAAUGGCAUCGAAUUCACCCUCCACGAAGUGAACGCAGAAGAACUCGAGGAAGCACUUCGCCAAGCUAACAAGGACGACGAAAUCGACGGCAUCAUCGUGUACUACCCCGUCUUCAACUCCCAGCGCGACCGCACCCUGCAAUGGACCGUCAGCCUGUACAAGGACAUCGAAGGCCUCUCCCCUCAGCUCAUCAGCAACAUGUACCAGAACAUCCGCUUCCUGGACCCUCCGACUAACACCAUGAAGUCCAUCCUGCCUUGCACGCCGCUCGCCAUCAUCAAGAUCUUGGAGCACUUGCAGGUCUAUAAUAACAUUCUAGACUACGGCAAGCGGCUUUUCGGACGAAGAAUUGUGAUCAUCAACCGGAGUGAGGUUGUGGGGAGGCCUCUUGCGGCUUUGCUUGCGAAUGAUGGUGCUGAAGUCUACAGUGUCGAUGUUACGGGUGUGCAGCAGUUCACCCGUGGCUCUGGGCUCAAGAAGCAGAAGCACGAAGUCAUCGACAAGCCGGAUCUAGCAUUGAGGGACGUCCUUCGAAUCAGCGACGUUGUGAUCAGUGGCGUCCCUGGCGAUAAGUACAAGGUACCCACAGAGCUUGUCAGAGACGGUGCCAUCUGCAUCAACUUCUCGAGCGAGAAGAACUUCAACCCGGACAUCAAAGAGAAAGCCUCCAUCUACGUCCCCGCAAUUGGCAAAGUCACCAUCGUGGUCCUCAUGAGGAACCUGCUGCGCCUGAUGGAGAACCGACCGCGAACGAACGGCACCAACGGAAGCCACCCACAAGGCCGGAGCGAGACAGGUACAGCGACACCAGAAGUUCGAGUCGACCACAAAGAUUGA